AUCUCGCUUUUGGCCAAGGACGCCGCCGGGGCAGGCGCUUGCCGCUCCGCGCUCGUCAAUGAAGGCCGUGCCUGCACCAGGGCGACUGGAAGGCGGCGGCGAAGGGGUUUCGACGGUGGGCUACGCGGCUGCGACGAGCCCGCGGUCACGGUGUCCCACGAGCAGCAGGGAAGCAGCGUGCGGCGAGCGCUUCGAAGGUAGCAGCGCUACGGAUCGCGGUUGGAGGAGCUGGUGACCGGGUGGCCAUGUUUAGCUUCCACAAGCCCAAGAUCUACCGCUCUGCGCUCGGCUGCUGCAUCUGCCGAGCCAAGUCGUCCUCAUCGCGAUUCACUGACUCCAAAAAGUAUGAGGCCGAGUUUGCGCGCUGCUUCCGCAUUGUGGCUGAGGAUCGCCGCUCGGGCGAGAUCUGCAAUGCCUGUGUGCUUCUGGUCAAGCGCUGGAAGAAGCUCCCACCCGGUACCACCAGAGACUGGCAUCAUGUGGUUGACGCGAGGGCAGGUCCCGGGACGAAGUCGGUGAACAAGGGCAAGGUGAAACCGCCAAAGCGGCCGCUCAAAAAGCACCAUCGACUGACCGCUGAGAAGCGGUGCAAGCUAGACCUGAGUGGCGGCGCCCUCUCGGACGACAUCACCAUUGGCGAUGAGAGCCUGAGUGAAUCGUCGAUGCCGUCACCGCCAGAGAGCCGUGCAGCCAGUCCGACCCCAAGCAACUCGUCCGAGGACUCCGGCAUUUUGGACGAGGACGAGGAAGAGUAUGAUGACGAAGACCGUCGCCGGAGCUGCCGCACGAUGAAGUCACGACCAUCGAAGAAGAAAAAGAAGAAGCGGAAGCAGCGAGGCAGCGGGAGCAGCCGCAGGGACGACUACGUGGUUGAAUCGUCUGCCAACAGGCGGGGGAAACUGGCAACGCCUUUUAAAAUCUCCUCCUUUCUCGACAUGAGCUUCUGGAGGAAGGAGAAGGUCUGCUGUGGCAUCAUCUUCAAGGGGCCGCACGGCGAGGUGUUGAUCUAUCCCAAGCUCCUGCGGCCUUGCCGAUGCAGACGGUUGCGCCUGAAUGCCGCAAAGGUGCCUGCUGAAGUCACCGAUGUCGCCGAGCGCAGCACCCGUCUUACGGCAGAGGACACUGACACGUCGACAAUGCCAAUGGACACGUCACCAUCCUCUGCCAUAGAGUCGUCACCUGCGCCGGUUACCACGGUACUGAUGCCCGAGGCGUUGCCAACAGACGACAUGGGCACAUCUGCCGCACUCCUCUUUCCCACGCCCGAGAUAUCGGACUGCAACCCAAGCAGUCCAGACGCUUCUGAAAACCUCUCACGCGGUUCCACCUCGCCAGACGGGGCCAGCGAUUAACGUUGGCUUAUGCCUUAGGGUGUCCCACAAAUUAUUUUUUUUCUUUCUUCCAUUUGUUUUCUGUUUUUUAUUUAUGUCCUCCCACUCUCCUUGUUAGAUUCUUGUUCAUUUUGUAAUCUCAACUGUAUAUUCCCACCUCCACCCCUCCCCAACAUACCCAGUCCCUCCGGACUUGUUAAUCAUGCCCUGCACCUUGACCUAAUUUAUUGCCCUUAACUUAUUCCCUUGUUAUGACAAAUGCAGGUUGUUUUUCUUCCGUUGUCAUGCUUAGUUGGCAAAAGCUUCUUUGGGUGGGGAAACUGACACAAGCAUCAUUAUGUUUUCGUCCUGUUGCUUCUGUACCAGUCUUUAAGCUCUGCAUGCGUUAAGCUUCAUUUUGUUCUUCUUUUGCAUGUUUGAAACAUCUGUCUUGGAUGUACCUUUCUUUUCUUUAACACAGCUUUAAGUGUCAUGCCUGCAAUGAGGCUUAGUCACCGAGCUUCUCUUGCUGGCAGUGCUGCUGUGUUUUCUAAACUUUACAGUUUGUGUCGGUCACGUUCAGUCUUUAACAUUGCAGAUGUAUUGCUACGUCACGUGAUUUUUUCUUUUUUUUUUUGACCUCGUCCUGUUGUUAAAUUUGACAUUUUAUCCGACUUUGACAAUGAACUUCAGUGAAUUUCGUCAUCCCACACAUCUCCCCACUCACAGGGAGAUCUGUGAAGCUUUUUGCCAUAGCAGCAUGUCAAGUCACACGACUCUUGUUUUAGUUUACACACUAAAUGAUUUGCAAUUGUGCCCAAGCAUUUUUUCAGAAGAACUGUUUGCGUUUGGUGUGCAUCAACACCAGAAAUUUGCCAUUGUGCAUUCUGGUGGGAGAAACUGCUGCGCAUUUCGUUGCUUUGACUCGGACCAAUUUUAAAAGCCAUGUUGUUUUCUUUUCUUCUUGCUUUUAAGGCCAGCGAGUGCAGUUUUCAUACAGUACAUUCCAAGCCUCGCACAGCAUUGAGCCUUGACGCUUCAUUACUGGAAUUUCCUUCUGCCUUUUCAGUUCUCCGUGAAAGUAAUAAUGCCUGUAAAGUGAAUUGCGACUACAGGCACCAUUUCCAAUGAAUUUUGUGUUGUACCUGGUUGUAUAUCUUCAUUAUGCUUGCAGGCCGUUGUAUACCUCGAAUAUCAAGAAAGCUUAUGAACGGCUCCUUUUUUUUUUUUCUGCUGCAUUUUUGGCAGCGAUACGGUCUAAUCAUGUCAUUUCUGGAACAAAAAAAAAAGGAAAGGUACCCGCAAUCGUGCAAGUUAUGUUGUCAUUCACACCUCGUUCCGACAACGAGUACAUCAAAGUGGUGAGAGAGCGCAUCACUUCUUCGCCAAGUGCAUUCUCUGUGGGGGGUGUUUGAGUUCUGCAGUGGUGUCGUGUUGUGACGCCAUCGCGGAUUUUGUCCCCGGGGUUCGCUUCUACUGCGGGGGUACUUACUCUCUUCCCACAACCUAUGAAGCAGUAUUUUGCCAUCUAGUAGUUGGUUCCUCGCCAGCUCCUUGGCUGUCACCAGCCUUGCUCACCACAAAUAUGCACAGUUCCGACAGGAGGCGAUGAAGUGUUUGCACCGGAUCCCAUGGAAACGCCUUGUUGUCCCAAGACUUGCCCUGAACAACGGCGUGGUCAUCCCUCGCGGGGAAAAAAAAAAGGUUGUACGCAGGUUUUCCAACUAUGUAUCGAAAGGAGUCGGGAGACGAAGUGGUGGGGGUGGCGGGCGCAUUGGCUGAAGUGUUGCUGUCAAAGUCCGUCGCUCUCCCCGCACCCUUUCCUGGUGCGGAAGUUGGUAUUGCUCCGCUGCAAUGGAAUAUGCAAGCUUUCUACAUGCUCAUCAAACCACCACCACGCUCUGCGGACUUGUCCGGGUGACACAGCAAGGCACCUCAAUCAGCGCUCCACCAGCAAGCUGCAUUUUUAUUCAGCCGAGCUGACUCGCGUGAGAGGUUCCAAAGCUGUAUCGAACUGAGCUCGAACUCAUCGUCCUGUCUUCCUCCUGCAGUUCACUAUAAUGCAUCAGGGCAUCGUAGAAGCUGCUAAACUCAUGUCCCGCGAUGCCUUGGAAUGCCGUUUCAAACGCAUUUCCGCCAGGCUCAGGGUAGUGGGAAGCAACUGUGCUCAACCGUGAGCACCUUCUAGCACCGAAGCUGCGGACGAGGUUCUUUUUCAUUUCGUUUUCUUUCGGCCACGAGGAUAACGUUAUGCAGAACCGGUCACCACAUCUCGUUGUCGAGGCGAGUCGGAGGACUCAGGGAGUCUUUACAAAGGCGACACCACCACAUAACACAUUUUUUCCAUUUUUGUACUCUAGUCAGAAGGAAAGUCAAACCACUGUCACCAGGUGGCGGAGGUAUGGACAAAAAACUUUGUCUCAUUUGAGACGCGCCCUGUCUGAGUUGAUGAGGAGUAACCUAAGCACCGAUUUUGCUCACAGCAAGCGUGGUCAUGAUGGAUUGUGGUGAAGGAUCAUGGAUGAGCUGAACUCUGAUUAUCAAGUUUGCGGAUGCUGAUUUUUGGACGUAUUGAGGACUGGCAUGGGUAAGGCUAUUUAUGCUUUCGCAGGUUGUGUGGUUGACUUUUGAAGGUGUGCCAUGAGUGAUGAGUAUCUCGGAGACUGCAUGCAGUUUGGUACUCCUUCCUUCCUUCAGUGUAGUUUCUCUCCGAUGAUAUAGUUUGCUGCCAAGAAGCCUGCAAGUUUGACAUUUGCUGCUUCAAAGCUUAUAUCUUUGAUGGGCAGCAUUUUGUUGAUGGUGUAGAUUAGGCUGUCUUGCCUGGCUUUUUGUUCAACUCUGCUCGUUAAAUUUCCGUUCAGAUGUGAACAGGUGGUGUUCAGCACGUGCAGCGUUGUCAUGAUGCCUUGUAAACAAAGCAGCAAGUCAUCAAAAGUUUAAUUGUAAAACUCGUUGCCUCACUUUUGCUAUAUUUGGCUACAACUUGAUCUUACAAACAGCGCUGCAGACCUUCUUGUUAAACUUUCUGGAGGACUGUGCAGUGAAAUCGACCACUCGCACCCGAGAAAACUGCUGCCAGGCUUUGCGAGUCAUUGCCGUACCUGCAUAAAACGCCGAGUCUGUUGUUUUUGUUGACGCCACCAAGUACAACAUCUUGUGUCCGCAUAAGCUGCAGAAUCUCAUCAAAAUUUGGAACAGCUGACAAAUAUGGUUCAUUGGAAGGUUCUCCCAGAAAGGCCCUCGGUUGUUGGGUGAUUGUGCCCACAACUCGAGGGGUGUAUGUUGUAGUUCGGCUCUUAUAGCUAGCGGAUGCCAUGUGCUGUUUCUCUUCAUGACCGUUGUUGUGCGCUGUUUUCUCCGGAGAGUGUUUCGCGUUUCCCUGCGGUUGUUAAAUCUAUGCCCAGCCCCAUGUGAGUCGUUGGUAUUGUGGUGGUAAACGAGCGAGCUUUUCAGAGAGGUCUCUGUGCCUGUCGGCCAACCCUGCAGCAAAUGCAUGUUGCCAUGUAAUUAUAUUCACAUUUAGCGUCUCAAGGGCUGUGACUCUAGUUGCUUCAUAAUGACUUGGCACAACAGAGUUGCAUCGCGUGACACAUAUUUGUGUCACGCUCAUGAUUUACUUGUCACACUUGUGACACACUCUUGACGUGCAUUUGUUUUAGUGCACGCAUUUUGCUGUUUAAACUGGAAAUUUGAAAAGUCGCAGAUGUUGCAAAAUAGCAUUGUUAUUUAAUGUUUCGGUGCAAUUGAGAACUAGAUUGCUUUCAGUUUGGAUUUUAAAAAGCAGGCAGCACAGUACAGCACUUGGUGUAGGCAUGACCUCUCCAUUUGCAGUUGCUGAAAAAAAUUUUCAUUAGUCCUACUCUUAUUACAGAGUACAUGGGCGAAGAAAAAGAAAGAAAGCGAAAAGAAUGUUCAAACAUUGCUGCUCUGUGACUUAGUAUAGCAGCACGGAGCAGAUCAUAUUGGCACACUUGUUUGCAGGGCUUGACGGCCACCGAGCAUCUCUUUGCAGGAAUGAAAGAAAGCUGCAGUGUUGCGAGAAAGUCGAGUGGACGAAAAUGUUGUUGUGAGCUUGUCGGGAAGUCACUGCCACUUUUUUCUAAGACGAAAAAAAAAAAAAAAAAUCCCAAAGCCCACGUUUUACCGCGCUUGUUCUUGCCGACCGGCUAAAAAAAGUCGUGGUUGCGUGUGUUUGGGAGGUGGGGUGUUCUUUCUAAGGCUUUUUUUUUUUCUUCAUAGCAGUGUGUGCUCUGUAACCGUGUGUGAUCGUCUCCAGUUGUUAAUUAGUCCUUUCGCUGCAUUCCAACAUGCAGCUUCGCUGUUGUGCGAUUUAAUCCUCUGCGUGCAUGUUUGUUCACUCAGUGAUCGAAGUACAUCCCCGCAAGAACUGUCGCUAAGCUUUGAACACCAACCACUCCUUGUGGUGUAUGCAAUGACACAGGGCCAAAACUGAAUGCAGAACCUAAAGCAAGAUAGGCUCGCUUAAUUACUGCCUGAAAUUGAAUGCAGGGAGUCAAAUACGCAGUAGGAAAUAGCCCAAAUCAUACUUUUAACCAUUUCUAUGAAUGAUAGAUGCAUGCGCGUCUUUGUUUGUUUCAUUUCUUCUGGUUUUCAUGAUUAAUUUCAUACCUGAACGGUUCCACGAGCUUCAAAAAAUAGGGACUGCAACCUAUUCAAAUGACUCAUAGCAUUUGGGUGUCAUAUGGCUGCAAGUUGCAUUGAUUGCUAAAACUUGUUUGGUGUGUUAAUGGCUUGUGUGAAGAAUGAAUGUGGCAGCCUUACAUAAUGCAGGCGUUUUGCUACAUAUUAUGUCUGCUGACUGCCGGUGUAGCGAUAGCACGAAGCGUAGGUUCCUUGCACAGGUUGGCCUUGUGUCAUCCUGCAUUGUAAUGCAGUGGCCGUUUGGUAAUGUGUAAGCUGCGCUGCAAGAUAAAUGUCUGUGUUGUCCUAGACAUUCAGUACUUUUUAACCCCUGCAGUAUUAGCUGCCCACAGUCCCAGCUCUGCAUACAGGCUUUUUCUACGUCAAUGGCUUGCAGCCGUAUAGUCUCACAGCAUCGCCCAUAUGGCAUGAAAAAAAAAAAUGCUUGCUAGCAGGGCAGUUGAUGUCUCUUAAUUUUUUUUUUUUAAUUCUGUGCGCAAACAAACUGGGACAAAGAAAAGGAGUAACACAAGUGUUGUCCUUGUGUUACUCCUUUUCUUCGUCCCUGUUUUUUUGCGCACAAAAAUGAUCCAACUAGGCCAACUCGCAGUUUUGCCUCUGAAUAAAUGUCAGACAUCAAGCCUGUGCUUGAAGAAACUAGAAUUGCACAGCAGGUGUGAGAAGGAUUGGCAUUUUGUAGGGCUGCAAAUCAUAAGCUAACAAUUGCAACAAAGUUGCUCCCUCAAAAAGAUGUUGGAAAAUAUAAGCUAAGCUAGAUUGGUAGACUUGGAACUGAAUAAGUCUCUUCGUUGAUGCUCGGUAGGCAAGAAUAGAUGACGGGUGGCACUAGCACCUUGUGAUUCCUGCACUAGGUCCCUGUGAUGUCGUGGAUAUUGAGGUGUCUCUCAAUAUCCAUCUUAUCAAUAUCAAUCUUAUCUCGAUUUAUCAGUUAACAGAAACAAAGAUGACAUUGGAUUCAGAACCAAGCAAAGGCUCCACAUGUUGACCUUCGUCAAUUUUUCCUGUGCGCAAUCGGGCCUCAAAAUCUGCCCCUCCCCUCUCCCCCCUCUUUUGCUUUUUUAAAUUUCAGAAAGGUAGUAACCGAUGCAAAUGAAGAGCUGUGAAAGAUUUCCAAUCUAGGCCAAUUUGGUGCUUCUCUUUCGCAUUCCUUUAAUGAGACGAUCUUGCAGCAAAGUUUCACCUUACUUCAAACCAGUGCGUUGAACAUUCAGUCUGUGUGUCUCUCCCUUUUCGCUUACCCUUUCGCUCGGUGUAUGCGUCCUGCAUGCAAGACCCCCCCAUUCCUUUUUCAAAACUUUCUUUCGCAUUUUUGCGGUUUGUUCCUAUUGUAGAUAGCAGACAUGACAGUUCUACUUGCUGUGUCAUGACCGCAGAACCUCAUGUGGUACUUAAGGGCAUUGAGAUAAAGAUAUAUAUAGCAGCUUGUUGUCAGGUGCAAAUUUUUCUUUGUGUCCAUUUUUCUUUCAAAGUGCAAUUCACCUUUUAGUAUGUUCUCGUGGGUGAGAAUGUUUGUUCACUUAAUGUUUGUGUGUACAUUUUUCAGAUUAGCAGUUUUUUUUUUUUUUCACUUGUUUGCCGGCCUAGUGUUGAGCUGCAUACUUAGGCCACUUGCAUUGUGAAUACACAUUGGAGAUGUUUUUUUUUUUUUUCACUUAUUUAUGCUGGCAGCAUUUUACAGGCUGACCAACUUUUUGCAUGGCAUUUUUAUCUCGUUUUUGUCAUCACUCCAUAUCGUUGAGAUGAUUAUGAAUGGGAAGAAUGAAAAUGCAAUAACAUUGUGACAAUGUUUUCGUUGGUGCACCGUAGACCAAGAACUGCAUGUCAUCUGCUUAUAUGUUGCAUCUGUUUUCUAUUUUAUCUCCCUUUUUUUUUAAUUUUCAUCUGUAAUUGACAUCUCAUUGUUGAGGCCUGCAUGUUCCUGCUUUUCAGUUUAUGCCGCUUGGCCUCGGGCAAUUGCUCUCUACACAGCACUAAGGCCUGCGUGCAUAAAAAAAUGCAUUAUAAUGAAACCAUGCAAAAUGAAAUGUGAUUUGCCCCAUGUUGCAGCUCAAAUCGCGCAGGCCCGGCUGUUUGAACGAGCCUCUCACCAUCACCUCUUCAUUCCUCCUUGCAUUCUGUAAUGCUUUUUGGUAAUUCUGACCCCCCAGUGCUUGUAAUUUGCCUACCUGACACCAGGUGGCUUGAGCGAACGCUAACCCGGUGAUUCUCGUGGUGCAUGCUCGUGACAAAAUGUCACGAGGUGCAUGCGUCACGUUCGUGACUUUUGUCGUCUCUCGUCCUACCUCCUCAAGUGUAAUUGUUUCUCAUGUCCCAACAGUGCGUCAUUAUCUGUGUUAUCAUCCGUGUAUAUUCAGACAGUUUUUUGCACCCCAGCUCGGGAAUGCCUGUGAUUGUGCGUUUGAAGCGAAACCAUUGCACCUUCUUCACGUGUUUCCAUUGUGUUUGGUGUUUUCUAAACGUGAAUGCGUGCAGUUGGGCGCAGGCAACAUUUGUGCGUUUCACAUAGCAGUACCAUCUGGUGUCAAAAAUCGGAAAAUUCAAACCUUGGAGACGCUUCUGCCAGCCAGUGUACAGGCUAUGGAGUGUAAAAAGUACAUUGCCUGUUAAUGAAUUUCAUUAUUAGACAUUAGCCAUUAUGCAUAGUAACGUCUGAAACAUGUUGCCAGAUAUUUUUUGCAGUGCUGGUCUCAUUUAAGAGUUUCAGCUUGUUUAGGAAAGAAUAAGCCAUUAUUGACAAUGUUGGCUCUUUCAGAGGGGGAUUCACAUUAUCUGCCUAGCACGUAGUUAUGGCAUCAGUCUUGGCCAUCAAAUUAGACCAAGAAAAGCUGCUGCGUGUUAACCUCAUGGCGGCCAAACACCACGACGCCCCCUAGCGAUGUGCCACACCGCACUGCAUUUUCUCGAGUUUGACGUGCCCGGUCAUAGCAAGUGUGUGUGCUUUCUAUAUCGAUGUUUCCCUGCUGUCCAAAUUGAAAUUGGAUGCGAUACCAUUGGUUUCUCGGUGUGAGUGUGGAUGUAGUGAGUGUUCACAACUUUUUUUUUUUUUUUCCCCUUCAUCGUAGUCAUACCUCAAGUGGUCGUAGAAAUAAACAUACAUCUCAUGUCGAGA